AUGCGAAGGUCCUUGACAGACGUUGUCAAGUCUACAUUCUCACGCGCCAGUGCGCCUGCGUUCAGUCCGUUUGCUACUCGUACAUUCAGUCACGCAAAAGCUUUGGGCAUAAUGGCAGACUUGCCUGACGAGUGCGAAAUUUUGCAGAAGAAUGAGGUGAGGGAAGAGGCAAUAAAGAAUAUAGAUACGGCGAAGAAGGAAGAGCCGAAGAAAGAUGAUGCUUCGGAGACGAAGAAAUUACCUAAAUUAAGCGCCGCAGAGUUUCGAGCGUACAACAGUAUGGCGGAACAUAUGGAGUAUUUCCACAACCACUUUCGACAAACUUGGACUACGCUCCACACAGCCUGUCAAAACGGUCGUCGCCCCCCGAAUACCUCCCUCAAACAGUUUCUCUCUAUGGCGUCGCAGUUUACGUCACAUCUCUCUACCCACCAUGCGAUCGAAGAGCAGCACAUUUUCCCUGUCCUGGCGCGCAAGAUGCCCCAGUUUCGAAAUACGGCGCAUUUAUUAGAACAGCAUAAGAAAAUUCAUGAAGGCAUGGAUGUCUUUGAGAAAUAUAUCGAUGAGGUGAGGAGUGGGGAGCGGGAACUAGAGUUGAAGGAGUUGGCAAAGAAGAUGGAGUGGGGUGAUGUUCUGUGGGCGCAUCUUGCCGAUGAGGUGAAAACGCUUGGGGCAGAAAAUAUGCGGCAAUAUUGGACGGUGGAUGAGAUGAGGCGGAUGCCUAUGUAA